AUGGUAGCCACAUCAGCUGCAGGGACUGCGGGGACCAGCCUGAACCCCAAUGGCCCCAAAGGCGGUCUUCCAGCUGCUCCCCCUCGCAGCUCCCCUCAGUCGCCUGGCGGGCAGACCAAGCGGAAACCACCUGGUGUGAUUGAUAUGAAGGCGAUGGAGCUCGAGAAUGAGUUCAAGUCCAAGCAUCUUGGGGUAAUGGGUGUUUUGGCGUGGAUACUACUCUUGCAUGUCGUGGGUAUAUACUUCUUCACAAAAGGAUUCCUUCUCACGCGCAUGGUCCUCGAAAAUAAAUCAUCAUGCGACGUACUGCCUUUUGAGGACAUUCUGGCCCCGUCGCACAACACGGCCCUGGGGAGUGAACAGCAGAGUGGCUGCUGGCACGAGAAAACAUUUGACAAGGCUGUUGUCAUCAUUAUUGACGCCCUCCGCUAUGACUUCACUGUACCAUUCGCGUCGAAGGGAGAGACUGACACUGUUCAUCUCUUCCACAACAACAUUCCUGUCCUCUACGAGACAGCUGUGCAGAACCCUGCCAACGCUUUCCUCUUGCCCUUCAUCGCGGAUCCUCCGACCACCACUCUGAACCGUCUGAAAGGCCUGACCACCGGAACCCUCCCCACCUUCCUCGAGGCAGGCUCUAAUUUCGCUGGAACCGCCAUUGACGAGGACAAUCUCGUUGCGCAGUUGCACAGCGCUGGGAAGAACUUGGUCCACCUGGGUGAUGACACAUGGCAGGCGCUGUUCCCGGGUUACUUCGACACCAAUCUCACGCAUGCGUAUGAUUCAUUCAACGUCUGGGACUUGCACACCGUCGACAAUGGUGUCAACGAGCAUCUCUUCCCACUUCUCCGGCCGGAGAACAGCACCAAGUGGGAUGUUAUCUUUGGUCAUUAUCUCGGUGUGGACCAUGCGGGACACCGUUAUGGUCCUAACCACCCUGCCAUGGCGUCUAAGCUUCAGGAAAUGGACCGCGUCAUUCGCGAUAUCAUUGAUGCGCUCGACGAUAAGACUCUUUUGGUCGUCAUGGGCGAUCAUGGUAUGGACAUCAAGGGUGACCACGGCGGCGAGUCCGAUGACGAGAUCGAGGCCGCCUUGUGGAUGUACUCCAAGCGUGGUAUUUUCGGACGCACAAGCAAGGACACACUCCUCCCGCCGCAAUUCGCGCGCGAUAGAUUCGUUCCCCAGAUUGACCUUGUACCGACACUGUCUUUGCUUCUCGGAAUGCCCAUUCCUUUCAACAACCUGGGCUCGCCUAUCGAAGAGGCUUUCUCUGGCGCACGCGGAGACGACUGGGCAAACUUGGCAACUGUCAACCGUCUGACCGCCGCCCAGGUCAAGAGAUAUCAGCACCAGUAUGCACUUGCUAGAGGUGAUGGUGACAAUGAAGAGUCGGCUCUACUGUGGACUGCCGCGGAAGAAGAGUGGAAGUCUGCUUCCAAGCGUGCCUCGUUCAAGUCGACCUCCGCUCGAGCCAGCAAUGAACUCUUCCGCAAGUACCAGCGUCACACUCUUGAUAUCUGCCGUGCGCAGUGGGCUCGCUUUGAUGUACCCAGUAUGAUUCAAGGUGUUGCCAUCCUCUUUGCUGGCAUUGUCUUCUUGAUAAUGUAUGCACGGGGCUUGAAGACGGACCGGACCCUGCUCACUACUCGUCUGCUUCAGUCUGCGGGCAUGGGGGCUGGCGUUGGUGCUGUGUCCGGAUUUGCGUUCGGCUUGACUGGCUUGACCGAUAUAGGUGUCGUCAAUGGAACCUUGCUGCUGGCUGCAGCUGGCAGUAUCGUUGGAGCUAUUCCAGUGAUUGCCAAGAAGCCUAGCAACCUGACUCUGCCUCUUCCGAAUGGCAUGUGGGGCUGGCUUGCGUUCUUUUUCACAGUUUCUCAGUCGGUCGGAUUCGCCUCGAACUCCUACACCAUUUGGGAGGACGAAAUCCUUCUAUUCUUCCUCACUACGUUCGGCGUAUGUGCGGGUGUCUCGUCCAUGCGACAGCAGCAAACCACAGACCGUGUCUUGGGUGUGUACCACUCUAUUCUUUUUGUGAUUCUUGGCCGAAUUGCGUCUUUCUCUCGCCUCUGCCGUGAAGAACAGAUGCCCUUCUGCCGCUCCACAUACUACUCUUCUUCGACUUCUUCCAUCUCUGCCCCCUGGCAGCUUGCCAUUCCUUUCCUGGUAACGAUGUUCCUCCCAAGCGUCGUACGGUCCUUCUACGCCGGUUCCAAGUCCUACGAAGGCGCCGCGUCCUUAUGGAUCGGCGUUGCCUUCCGCUUUGGUCUCUUCAUCACUUCCGUAUUCUGGAUGCUUGAAAGUGCCGAUGAUGGCGAGUGGCUCUCCGUCAGCAAGGAAACCCUCAAGUCCGUCCGCGUCUUCCUAGCCCAGCUCGUUCUCGCCCUGGCAUUCGCAGCAGGUACUGGAGCAUACCUGUACUCUAAGCCCUGCGUCAGCAUCAGCGUGAGCAAGCCCGCUGAAGAUCCCAACAGCCCACCGGCCCCUAUCAUCGCCGGUCAGCAACAAGGACCGAGAACCACAGUCACAAUCCUCGGCUUCGGCAACGUCUACGGAACCCGCUUCUGCUUCCUAGUCAUCAAUUUCGCCCUUGCCAUCAUCCUCCUGCAAAAGCCAAUGGGCCAAGGUGCCAUCGCCCUUCUCCUCUGGCAAAUCCUCUCCCUGCUGGAAAUCCUCGACACAAACAGCCUGACCAUGUCCAACUCCUCCAUCGGCCCGGUCAUCCUCGGCGUGCUCGGCUCUUUCUACUACUUCAAAACCGGCCACCAAGCUACCCUCUCCAGCAUCCAGUGGGAAACCGCCUUCAUCCCCCUCUCAACCAUCCAAUACCCCUGGUCCCCCCUCUUCGUCAUCCUCAACACCUUCGGCGCGCAGAUCCUCGCUGCCAUCGCCGUACCUCUCACCGUUCUCUGGAAACGACCCCUCCAGACUCACGACCGUGUCCCCGCCUCCAAUCCGAACAAGAACCCCGCCACACGUAUUGUCUCGGAUGUCGUCCAGGCAGCUGGAACUCAUAUUCUCUAUCUGGCGACUAUCAACCUUGCCACGACUAUGUGGGCCGGCCAUCUCCGUCGCCAUCUCAUGCUCUACCGUAUCUUCAGCCCGCGCUUCAUGAUGGGUGCCGUUGUUCUGGCUGUUGUCGAUGUUGUCUUGAUGCUAGUUGCUGUUGGUGGUGUGCGCUGGAGUACUCUGAGUGUUGGUGAAAUUUUCGGUUGGUGA